UAUAGAAAUUGAUAACAAAAGAAGAUAAUCACAGUGAGUGGUGACAACAUUAAAAAUAACAAAAACUCGGUUGAACGUAAAUACGACCACGAACAAUAAUAAUUGUUCGGAAUGGUUCGAUUUUCGUUCAACUACAGUCGAGUCUGAGAAUGCGUUUGAAAUGGAAGCAUACUAUAUGUGGGAGCGGGUGCACAUAACUGAGGAUAUGAGUCGGUCGAGCAGCUACUGCGACUGCACCACAUAUUCCUGCUUUUUAAUAUCCGUCUUCUUGUUCACGUUGGGCACCAUCAUUUUAGUGUUCUCGUUGGGAGCGUUCGCUCUUGACACCGUGUUCGCCAAUCUGGGCCAUAUGUGGAUUGUUGGUUUGCUGUGCAUCUGUUCUGCUGUUAUGAUUGGAAUUAGAAACGUCUUAUAUCUGCGCAGACUUCAACAGAUAGAAGACAUUCGAUCUCAACAAGCACAGUUGACAGACACUCAACAGUAUUCCUUGCCAAUACGUACAGUUAGUGAACUUACUUUGCCUCCAUCAUAUGAGCAACUGAUUGGCAGUCAUAAUGAUAAUGAUGACUUACCACCUCCAUCGUAUGAGGAAGCUAUAGUUAGUAUGUCUAAAGAAGCAACCAAAAGUGAUAACAUUAUUGUGCUUAAUUAUUCUGUUAAAUGAUUUGUUAAACAUAACUAGAGGGGUAUUCAAUUGAAACAGUACAAUAUUAUCAUCAAGAAUUUCUUACCAGAAACCUGAUUAUUUGAUGGUAAUAACUUAACUGACCUACAAAAAUAUUGGUUUAUACUAAAUUUGUUUUACAAAUUAUAUCAAAAUAUGAAAUCAUCUGUUUCAUAUUUAUAUAUUUUUUGUCAGUUAUAAUUUUUGACUAUAUAAUGAGUAUUACCUAUUGAGGAUUAGAAUAAACAAAUUUUAGUCAUAUUAUAUUUUAACACUAGGAACAAUUUUAAAUAUUUAAUUAAGACAUUUUAU